AUGGAGCUGGAGCCACCGGGCAGCCCCGAUGGAGGCUCUGAAUACGACGAUUCUCAUGUGUUUGACUACCGCGCAGACUCAGACGAGGACGAGUGUGGUCUGGCAGACGCGUUCAUGCAGUUCGAGGCGCAGGCGGAGAAGCGCACGUUGGAGCUCUUGGCUGCUACAGAUGAACAACUCUUCCAAGUGUCUCUAAGCGGUGAACCGCCGUCAGCUGCCGAGCAAGAAGGAGCUGACGCAGAGGAAGGGAGCUUCCCGGCUUACGUGUACAUGAGCGACCAGUUCCGGUUGAAGAAGCCCCCGGAGUUUGGUCACUGGCAGCAGAACUUCCAGUUCUUGCAGGUCACGGGGUGCAGAGUGUUUGAGGGGGAGUCGAUGGAGCACAUUCAGAUGGUACCGACGGAGGUGAAGGCUGUGAGCGGUGGCGUUAGCGUUGAUAAGUGCGAGCUGCGGGUGGAGGGGCGCCCGUGUUUGCAGGAGCCGACGCCGGAGUGUCGCGAUGCCGAUGGUCUGAUGGAGGAGACGCUGGAGCAUGACGAGGGUACAGACGAUGAGAUGAGUAGAGAUGCGGGUACCGGUACUGGUAAAUUUACUCCACUGCAUGCUCACGUGGAGGAGGUGCUGGACGAGCUUACGCUGGAGUGCUUCUCUUCCACAGUGGCUCCAAUGAUUAUGCUGGAAAAGCAACAACAGACUGUCCGAACUGCUCGUGAAGAGAGAGAAGCAGCGGCAAAUCGGACGAUCGAGGAGCAGAUAGCGUUCGAAAGAGCUCAGCAGCUCAAGUUGGAGCAAGAAGCUCUGGAAGAGGCGGCUCGUGUUGAGGCAUUGGAGCUGCAACGACAAGAGGAUGAAAGAAAGGAGGUGGAGUGGCGUGAGCAGCUUCUGAAGCAGCAGUUGGAGGAAAACGACGAAGAGGAGGUCAAGAUCAAGACACUGGCGUACUCGCACACGCGCGAAUGGUAUCAGCCCAACAAGAAAUGCUUCUCACAUCGAGGGCGACAGUUGUGA